AUGAUGGAACAACCUCACGAUCCCGAGGAUCCCUCGCCGUUCGAGUCCCACUACCAAUACAAAAGCGAGGACGACCAAGAUGAAAGUCACAAUGGAACGCCAGUACAAAGGAUCAGCACCCAAGAUUUCACCAGCGUGGAAACCCUUCAUGCACCCCAGGCCAACAUCCGCGGAUCUGUCAGUGCCGAAACCCUACAUGCCAAUACCGACACCCCACAGCCCAAAAAGACCCCGGAAUGGAGCAUGACACCACAGGUGAUCCGCAAUGCAGAACGUGAUGCCGCUGCUGGAUUUAAGAAACGCGAACUAGGUGUGACUUGGAAGGAUCUGACUGUUGAGGUCCUUGCUGCGGAGGCUGCCGUGAACGAAAACAUGAUUUCACAAUUCAACGUCCCCCAAUUAAUCAAGGAUUUCCGCCGGAAGCCACCUGUCAAGCCAAUUCUGUCCGAUAGCCAUGGAUGUGUCAAGCCUGGUGAGAUGCUACUUGUAUUGGGUCGUCCUGGCUCGGGAUGUACCACCCUUCUCAAGAUGCUCUCCAACCGCCGUGAGGGAUAUCACUCAGUGUCAGGGGAUGUUCGAUUUGGAAACAUGACUGCCAAGGAAGCUGGCAAGUACCAUGGCCAGAUUGUCAUGAAUACCGAGGAGGAAUUGUUCUACCCUCGUUUGACUGUUGGUCAGACUAUGGACUUCGCCACAAGAAUGAAGGUCCCCUUCCAUCUUCCAGAUGGUGCUCAGAAUAAGGCCGAUUACACAGCAGAAACAAAACAGUUCCUUCUCGAAUCUAUGGGCAUUGCUCAUACCGCCGACACCAAAGUCGGUAAUGAAUUUGUCCGCGGUGUGUCUGGUGGUGAGCGGAAGCGAGUGUCCAUCAUUGAGUGUCUCGCGACCCGAGGAUCGAUUUACUCCUGGGACAACAGUACUCGUGGACUCGAUGCUAGUACUGCGUUGGAGUGGGCAAAGGCCCUGCGUGCCAUGACCGACGUUCUCGGCCUUUCUACUAUUGUCACGUUAUACCAGGCUGGAAAUGGUAUUUAUAACCUCUUUGACAAAGUCCUCGUCCUCGACGAGGGUAAGCAAAUUUACUAUGGCCCUGCCGCGGCGGCUAAGCCGUUCAUGGAGGAUUUGGGCUUUGUGUACACGGAUGGUGCAAACGUUGGUGACUUCCUUACUGGCUUGACCGUCCCCACAGAGCGGCAAAUCAAGCCUGGCUUUGAGCACAAGUUCCCCCGAAAUGCCGAUGCGAUCCUUGCAGAGUACCAAAAGUCUAGCACUUACCAACAGAUGGUGGCUGCAUAUGAUUACCCCGAUACCGAGACAAGUCGUGAUCGCACAGAGGCCUUCAAGGAAUCUGUCGCAUGGGAGAAAUCCAAGCAUCUUCCUCGAGGAAGUAGCCUGACCACCAGUUUUUGGGCCCAGGUUAUCGCUUGUACUCAACGACAAUAUCAAAUCUUGUGGGGUGAGAAGUCCACCUUCUUGAUCAAGCAGGUUCUAUCCUGUGUGGCAGCCUUGAUCGCUGGAUCUUGCUUUUAUGACUCGCCAGACACCUCGCAGGGUCUCUUUACCAAGGGAGGUGCUGUCUUCUUCUCUUUGUUGUACAACUGUAUCGUGGCGAUGUCUGAAGUCACCGAAUCAUUCAAGGGCCGUCCGGUCUUGAUCAAGCACAAGGGCUUCGCGAUGUAUCACCCGUCUGCUUUCUGUCUUGCGCAGAUUACAGCCGAUUUCCCAGUCUUGUUGUUCCAGUGUACAAUCUUCUCGGUCGUGAUCUACUGGAUGUCCGGAUUGAAACACACCGCCGCUGCCUUCUUCACAUUCUGGAUCAUCUUGUUCACGACAACCUUGUGUAUCACCGCAUUGUUCAGAUUCAUCGGAGCCGCCUUCAGCACCUUUGAAGCCGCCUCUAAGAUUUCAGGAACGGCAGUGAAGGGCAUUGUCAUGUAUGCUGGUUACAUGAUCCCCAAACCCAAGAUGAAGAACUGGUUCCUCGAGCUAUACUACACAAACCCAUUCGCCUAUGCCUUCCAAGCCGCCAUGUCCAAUGAGUUCACAGACCGUAUCAUCCCCUGCGUGGGCAACAACCUCAUCCCAAGCGGUGCCGGCUACGAAGAUGUGGGAGCUGCCAACAGAGCAUGUGCCGGUGUCGGUGGUGCUCUGCCAGGUGCUGACUACGUGACUGGUGAUCAGUAUCUCGGAUCUCUCCACUACAAAGCCACCCAAUUGUGGCGAAACUUCGGAGUUGUCUGGGGCUGGUGGGGAUUCUUCGCUGUGCUGACAGUCAUCUGCACUACAUACUGGAAGUCUGGUGCUGGUUCUGGUGCCGCUCUUCUGAUUCCUCGUGAGAAGCUCAAGAGCCAUCAACUUGUCAAAUCCGACGAAGAGGCACAGAAUCGGGAGAAGACGGUUGCCCGCGAGACCACCGAUGGCCCCGUUGAAGUUGACGAUGAUAACCUCUCCCGGAACACCUCGAUCUUCACCUGGAGAAACCUCACUUACACCGUCAAGACACCUACUGGUGACCGUGUGCUCUUGGAUAACAUUAACGGAUGGGUCAAGCCAGGCAUGCUCGGUGCUCUGAUGGGAUCUUCCGGAGCAGGAAAGACAACACUUCUUGAUGUGCUUGCCCAGCGCAAGACGGAUGGUACCAUCAAGGGAUCUAUCAUGGUCGAUGGCCGUCCUCUUCCGGUAUCUUUCCAAAGAAUGGCUGGUUACUGUGAGCAGCUGGAUGUUCAUGAGCCUUAUGCGACCGUGAGAGAAGCACUGGAAUUCUCUGCUCUUUUGCGUCAGUCUCGCAGUACCCCUCGAGCUGAGAAGUUGAAGUAUGUGGACACCAUCAUCGAUCUACUCGAGCUCCACGAUUUGGCCGAUACCUUGAUUGGCGGAGUCGGUAAUGGGCUAAGUGUUGAGCAAAGAAAACGUGUGACAAUUGGUGUUGAGCUGGUGUCCAAGCCCAGUAUUUUGAUCUUCUUGGAUGAGCCUACAUCUGGUUUGGAUGGACAAUCCGCAUAUAACACCGUCCGUUUUCUUCGCAAGCUGGCCGACGUUGGCCAAGCGAUCCUGGUCACUAUUCAUCAGCCCUCGGCCCAACUUUUCGCUCAGUUCGACACCCUCCUUCUGCUUGCCAAGGGUGGAAAGACAGUCUAUUUCGGAGACAUCGGUGACAAUGCGGCCACCGUCAAACAGUACUUUGGCCAAUAUGGAGCUCAAUGUCCUACCGAUGCAAAUGCAGCUGAGUUCAUGAUCGACGUGGUUACUGGCGGUAUCGAGUCUGUCAAGGACAAGGACUGGCAUCAGAUCUGGCUCGACUCGCCUGAACAAACUCGCAUGAUCACUGAACUGGAUACCAUGAUUUCCGAUGCUGCCGCGAAGCCGCCUGGAACUGUGGACGACGGGUUUGAAUUCUCCAUGCCGCUCUGGGAGCAGACCAAGAUCGUCACUCAUCGCAUGAAUGUUGCCCUUUUUCGCAACACCAACUAUGUCAACAACAAGUUCUCGCUCCACAUCAUCUCAGCCCUACUCAACGGUUUCUCAUUCUGGCGCCCCGGUCCAAGUGUAGCCGCGUUGAAUCUGAAAAUGUUCACGAUCUUCAACUUCGUCUUCGUCGCCCCCGGUGUCAUUAACCAGCUCCAGCCUCUCUUCAUCCAGCGCCGUGAUAUCUACGACGCUCGCGAAAAGAAGUCCAAGAUGUACUCCUGGGUUGCCUUCGUCACCGGUCUAAUCGUAUCUGAAUUCCCUUACCUCUGCAUCUGUGCCGUUCUCUACUUCGCCUGCUGGUACUGGCCCGUCUGGCGUCUGCCCCACGACUCCGAUCGAUCUGGAGCCACCUUCUUCAUUAUGCUGAUCUACGAGCUGAUCUACACCGGUAUUGGCCAAUUCAUCGCCGCCUAUUCGCCCAACCCGACCUUUGCCGCCCUUGUGAACCCCCUCAUCAUCAGUAUCCUUGUGCUCUUCUGCGGCGUCUUCGUUCCAUACGAGCAGCUCAAUGUGUUCUGGCGAUUCUGGAUGUACUACCUCAACCCCUUCAACUACGUUGUCUCUGGUAUGUUGACCUUUGGUCUCUGGGAUGCCAAGGUAACCUGCAACGAAGGUGAAUUUGCCUUCUUCGACCCGACCAACGGUACCUGCGCCCAAUACCUGUCUGACUAUAUCGCCGGUGAUGGCUGGAGAAUCAACCUUCUUAACCCGGAUGCGACUUCGGCUUGCAAGGUCUGCCCCUAUCGCAAUGGCAGUGACUUCCUCUCUACUCUCCACAUCAAUCACUACUAUGUUGGAUGGAGAGAUGCGGGUAUCUCGGUGAUCUUCGCUAUCAGUGGAUAUGCCUUGGUGUUUGGCUUGAUGAAGCUGAGAACCAAGGCUUCCAAGAAGGCGGAGUAA